GAUAUUUCGAUGGCAGCCUCCAUAUUGUGAUUAGGGAUUGAAGUUGUGGAGAUUAUUUAUAUUUCCAAAACAUGGAAGAAACUAAAGUAAUUUAUCAUAUUGACGAUGAAGAAACACCUUAUUUAGUGAAACUUGCAAUUGCGCCAGAAAGAGUUACUCUAUCAGACUUCAAAAAUGUCUUGAACCGGCCUAACUACAAGUAUUUUUUCAAGUCAAUGGACGACGAUUUUGGCGUUGUCAAAGAAGAAAUUGUUGAUGAUGAUGCCCAUCUGCCGUGUUUCAAUGGAAGAGUCGUCUCGUGGUUGGUGUCAGCUGAGGGAAGCAAUGCCUCGGAAGGCACUUCACAAGGCACCGAGAGUGCUGGUCACUCAGACACAAAGGCUCAACAGGAAAGGAACAUCGACCAACCACCGAUUAUAAACUCAAUGCACACAGUCCGCACAAAUACAGACGAUUUGACUUGUACAGAGACUGAAUCAAUCAUCAGCUCAAGACCAGGGCAUCAUAAUAUGCACAAAGAAUCUAGACAACCAGUGGACAAAUAUGAGAAAUAUCAUAAAUAUAAUGGUUUAAAAAUGAACGGGCAUUCAAAAAUGCGACAAGGCCAUGGCUACGAAUCGUCGUCGAUGCUCAGCUCAGACUUGGAAACGACCAGCUUCCUCGAGUCGGAGGACGAUGCCUCCAGCCACAUCACCACCACCACAGGCCGCGCCACCAAUCUCUCCAUCGACAGAAACACGCUUGAUUCGAGCACGAUAUCGCGGGUGGUUGGCGGCGGAUCUAGACGUCGGCCACAGCGGAGGCGACGCCACCGGCAGCCGGCCGCCAUGUCACGAACCUCCUCCUUCUCGUCCAUCACCGACUCGACCAUGUCGCUCAACAUCAUCACCGUCACGCUCAACAUGGACACCGUCAACUUUCUCGGCAUCAGCAUUGUCGGCCAGAGCAACAAGGGCGGUGAUGGCGGCAUCUAUGUCGGAUCUAUCAUGAAGGGUGGUGCAGUUGCAUUAGAUGGACGAAUAGAACCGGGAGACAUGAUUCUUCAAGUGAAUGACAUAAAUUUUGAAAACAUGUCCAAUGAUGAAGCUGUGAGAGUCUUGAGAGAAGUCGUCCAAAAGCCAGGGCCAAUCAAGCUGGUAGUUGCAAAGUGUUGGGAUCCAAAUCCAAAAGGAUAUUUUACCAUUCCUAGGACUGAACCCGUUCGACCCAUCGAUCCAGGGGCCUGGGUCGCCCACACUGCUGCAAUUAGAGGAGAAACGUAUCCUUUACGACCGCCUUCAGUUACCACUCUGACCUCCACCAGCUCAUCCAUCUCAUCCAGUAUUGCUGAUACUGAAAGGCCGUUCGACGAAUUACAUUUGAAUGUGAGCAUGGAUAUGGCAACCAUAGUCAGAGCAAUGGCGCGACCCGAUUCUGGUCUUGAAAUAAGGGAUCGAAUGUGGCUCAAAAUAACCAUACCAAAUGCAUUCAUCGGUGCUGAUGUUGUUGAUUGGCUGGAUACCCAUGUCAAUGGGUUUUCAGACAGGAGGGACGCUCGUAAAUAUGCUUCACAUAUGCUAAAGGCUGGCUACAUCAGGCAUACCGUCAAUAAAAUCACAUUCUCUGAACAGUGCUACUACAUUUUCGGCGAUGUGUUAUCAACUGCGAUGUCCACACUGAAACUGCACGACGACUGCGUGUCGCUGGACCGCGACACAGUGGGCCCCCUGCCGCCCCCCGGCACAGUGGCCCCCUCGUGGGCACCGCCCCCCGCCCACCCCCAGCACAUGCCCUACGCGGGCACCUACCUGCCGCACUCAACUGCCUCCGGGGGCGGCUACGCGCCCAUGCCCUUCAGCUACACCUCCGAGCCACCCGGAUACUCCUUCAAUCGCGACGACAGUGUGCACAGUGGAUCUGGUGGAAGCAGUAACGGGUCGGAGCAUUCGCGUGUGUGCACGUCGUCGAUAGCAGCGGCCAAGACAGGGCUGGGGGGCGGUGGGGGCCACAGCUCGGGGGCGAGUGAGAGCGGCGUGGAUCUGCCGUCCAAGUCGGCCAACGCCCGCAGCGGAUCACGGUCGAGUGGCUCGUCUGCCGCCACCGCCACCACCUCUCCACCGCCCCCUGCCACCGCCUCUACCGCCGGCCCCCAAGACCAGGACCUCUCCGCCAGUCGCCAGUCCUUCAGAAUGGCCAUGGGCAAUCCCUGUGAGUUCUUUGUUGAUGUUAUGUAGACAACGCUUCUGUGCUAGUGUACAUACUGUAGUACCCACCCACCCACCUUAUCUCAUCUCAUGGUUAUUUAUGUAUAUUUGCUCAUGUGCUACCUAUCCUUUCUAUCUAGUUGUUGACCAACUGUAUCGUAUCAUUUUCAUCUUAGAAAGGUUAUCUUCUACUUAUUUAUUUUGGGCCAACUAUCUCAUGAGUAUUCUCAUGUUAGAAAGGUUAUUUCUACUUAUUUAUUUUGGGCCAAUUAAAUCAGAGUAUACUCAUGCCAAAAAGGAUAUUUUUCUAUUAUUUGAUUUAGUUGUUGACCAACUAUUUCUGACCAUUCUCAUGUUAGAUAGAAAGGUUAUUUCUCUACUUAUUUAUUUUCGGGCCAACUAUCUCAUGCGUAAAUAGAAAGUUUCUUUUAUCAUAUUCCAAUUUAUUUCGGGCGUAUAAUAUGCAGUUUUGAUAAUUGCUGUAAGAUCGUCGUUCAUUAAAUUAUCCAUUCACAUAGAUUAAAAAAAAAGUAAAUAAUGAAAUUAUGGCGAUUCAUCCAGUAUUACUAUUGUAGCAGGCUCAAUCAAUAUUAUAUUAAAGCUGCAAAUUACAAAAAAAACAUUCAACUAAAACAGCGAAAAUUCGUUUGUACAUGAUUCGUUUUUUUAAUUUAUCAUCUAAUUAAUCUCGUCAACUCUUGAACAAAACUUCAAAACUCCAGUCUUUUUCAGUAUUUGGAAGAAAGUCUCUUUAAAUAUUAUUGUAGUCCAGUCAUGUUUAGUUAGACAUAGAUAAUUUUCUAAAAGGGAACUUUGCUUAUGUUAAGUACUCUAGUAGCACCAACAACAACAUAAAAAUCAAUAUUCGUGCAUGCCGAGUACCUACUGUAAUUCAUAAUAAUAUUAUGUAAUAAUUAUAUAAUAUAAUAUUAAUUCUUAACAAUAUCGUGCAAAGUUUCCCCUUUUGAGGAAAAUUAUUUUAAACAAAUCAAGGCCAUUUUUCAUUCUUACAAAAGCAAUACAAUAAUUGAAAUUCACUAUCUAUAGUGAAAUGAAUAGUUCCCAGUAGAGUUUUUUUAACUAAUAUUACUGGAGUAUUGCAAAAGAUUUGAAGAGAUCCUUAACGACUCUUCUAGAUUGAUUCGACAAGAUUGAGGGUAGAAUUCAAGUUAACUUGGUCAAUAGGAUUAUUAUCAAAGCUCUUCCUUUCCUAUACUAAAGAAGGAUGAAUUGAAAACUGAAAAAAAUCCAUACCAAAUUUGAGAGAUAGACAUUUUUAAAGACUGCAGUGGUACGGACAUGUGGAGAGAAGGGAGGACAAUUAUGUGGGGAAAAGGAUCGACCACUUAGAUGUCGAAGGCACUAGGAAGAGAGGACGACCUAGCAAGAAAUGGGAAAAUUGUAUCGCUCAAGAUCCAAACGAAGCUCACGACCGAGACUCCUGGAAACUACUGACCAAAACGCC